AGCAGAGCCAGCCAGAGAGGAGGGUUUACAUGGACUAUAAUGCAACCACCCCCCUGGAGCCAGAGGUUGUCCAGGCCGUGACCGAGGCCAUGCGGGAAGCCUGGGGAAAUCCCAGCAGCCCUUACCCGGCAGGUAGGAAGGCCAAGGAUAUUAUCGAUGCAGCUCGGGAAAACCUUGGGAAAAUGAUAGGUGGGAAGGCUCAAGACAUCAUCUUCACUUCCGGGGGCACUGAGUCCAAUAAUUUGGUGAUCCACUCCGUGGUGAGGCAUUUCCAAACCAUCCACACCUCAAAGGGGGACACAGCCAAGUGGCACAGCCCAGUGGAGGGGGCCACGCCCCAUGUCAUCACCUGCACUGUGGAGCACGACUCCAUCCGUCUGCCUCUGGAGCACAUGGUGGAGGAGCAAGUGGCCGGUGAGCACCCAGCCUAGGCUGCAGCAGGGACAGCUCUGCUGACCCGACUGGCUGAUUCAGUGGGGAGGGUCCCCGGGGACAUGGUGAGACAUCACCCUCCUGCGCUCGGGCUUCCUGGCUGUCCUCAUGUAGGGGACACAGCCUGUCCCUCCAGGCUGCCACCUGGGUGUCAGUAGAUGCCAUGAGGUUUUCCCUUAAAAAAAGGACAAUCGGGUAUAUGCAGAUGAUGUUUCAAACUCUUGUAUACAAUAAAUUUUUAAAUAACAUGUCUAUAAAAUACUAAAUGGUGCUUUUCAUUGUUUGAUUUUAAUAAAUUAAAUUUUGGCUUCCGCUCCUCUGAUAUGAAAAAGGAUCAAAUAGGCAUCCCCUUCAGGGGGUCAGAAUCAGGGGCUCUCAGUGAGGCUGGGGCAGGGGGCCCGGCCUCCCCCAGAGCAAUGCCAGGCGGUCCGAGGGAUGAGUCAGGCUUAGCCUGCAGUGAUGAUGGCCCUGUCAUUGUCACACAGAAGGAACUGGUCCUUCUUUCACUUUUCCUGUGAUACCAGGUUAAGACCACUCACUUGAAAACGUAAGAGCC